AUGACUUUCACUUUCAAUCACAAUGUCUCGGCACAACAGCUGGCUGACAUCCUACCGAACGGCGUCGCCAUCCUCACUCACCGCUAUGAACUAGUCUCAGUGAAUCGACGCUUCCGGGAACUCAUCCCACACCCCAGCAUCAACUUCUCCGAAUGUUGGCUACGAUCGGUUCAUCCAGAUGACUAUGACCGGGUCUCCACUGGAUAUCGGGAGGUCGCAACUUCCAAACAACCACUACGUCUCGAAUACCACACCCGUGACCCGGACUCUAUUUGGUGUGUGAUGACAUUGGACCGGCUGGAUGAUAAGGAUGUCCAAUGCUUUGGGCUAGGAGAAGGCGGGGUGUACAUCUGUACAAUCGCAGAUAUCACACCAGAGAAAAGGGCUGAGCUCAUACAAAAGCAGGCUGCGGAAGAGGCACAGGAACGCAAGAAACAACAAGAGCGAUUCAUCGAUAUGAUCAGCCACGAAAUUCGCAAUCCCCUAUCUGCGAUAGUACAUUGCACGGAGGACAUUCAGGAGGCAGUCUAUAAUAAGAAGCCGGAGGAAAUUUCAGUCAUGAACAUCACCGAGGCAACAGAAACGAUCAGUCUAUGCGUCAGACAUCAAAAGAAAAUCGUCAACGAUGUUCUCACCUUUUCAAAACUCGACGCGUCCAUGCUGCCGCUGUCACCACGAAAGGUUCAGCCACAGCGACAUCUCACCAUUCCGAUGGCGAUUUUCCGACCCGAGCUCCGAAAGCAGAAGAUACACUUUGAAUACAAGGCUGAUGUUUCCUAUGCGAAAUGCGGCAUUGAUUGGGUCGUGGCAGAUCUGGAUCGGAUGGGCCAGGUUCUCGUCAACAUACUCUCGAAUGCUAUCAAAUUCACAGCCAAAUCGGAGCGUCGGCGAUCGAUCCAAGUUUCAGUGGGCGCUUCGCUCAAGCGUCCACCUUCGUACCCGCCAAAUAUUGUCUUCUUCGAUUCAGGUGAAUCAGGGCUCCGCAAAGAUGCGACUGACAAGCCCGAAUGGGGAAAUGGGGAAAUUGCAUAUAUCAUGGUCGCUGUCAAGGAUUCGGGUAUCGGUGUUACCGAGGAAGCCCAGAAACGGCUUUUCGAACGAUUCAACCAAGCAACUCCCAAAACCGAAAGCAUCUACGGUGGCUCUGGCCUUGGACUUAAUGUAUGUAGGAAGCUCUGCCACCUCCACGGGGGUGAGAUUGGCGUGAGCUCGAAGGAAUCUUGCGGAAGUACCUUCGGGUUCUUUUUCAAAGUGCGCAGAACAACCAACGAAGGCGGCGAAAGAGAGGAGAGCCCUAGCGUUUCUGCAAUCGAUAGGCUCUGCGUUGAUAUCCAGACACUGGGAAAUAAAAUGCGCGGCAUCGAUCAAACGACGGAAGAGCCCCAAAUCCCGGAAAGCCCCCCUGAAGAUAUGACUUUUGAGGCAGAGCCAUGUGAUUCGAAGGACAAAGACACAAUGCGCACUCACAUUUUACCCCGUGAGGCCAAUAAAGAUGAGAUCAAACAGACAAAUGGAAACACCUCAUCCUAUCGUGACCAGGAGAAACUAACCGGCGACGGUCAGCGCAUUCUCUUGGUUGAGGACAACGUUAUAAACAGGCGAAUCAUAUCGCGCAAGUUGAGUACACUGGGCUUCGACAUAUCGGAAGCGAGUAACGGGAAAGAGGCCGUGGAUGCGAAUGAAAAUGAACCAUUCGACUGCAUUCUCAUGGAUCAGCAGAUGCCUGUGAUGGAUGGCAACUGUGCCACAAGAGCAAUUCGUGAUAUUGAAAAGGAAAGCGGAGGGCAUGUACCCAUUCUAGGAGUCACGGCGAAUGUCAGAGAGGAACAGGAAGAGGAAAUGAUGGGUGCCGGAAUGGAUGAUAUCAUCUAUAAGCCGUACGGUACUCAGGAACUUGUUAAAAAGAUCAAUCGCAUGAUUUCGAAGGAAGGAACCGAUGACAAGGGAAGUUGA